AUACAAAAGACCUACAGAGUAACACAAGUAAACAAUAACAAUGGUAUACAAAAGACCUACAGAGUAACACAAGUAAACAAUAACAAUGGGUCCAGCUUAGCUGUGUCCUACAAUGUUGCACUCCUUGAUUUUGUGCAGAAUAACAUGACCUGGACUGCAGCAGAGAACUACUGUGGAGAUUUGGUAACUGUUUAUAAAGAAGAAGAUAUUCAGCUACUCUUAAGCAUUACAGAAAACAAAGAAUUUUGGAUUGGGUUGCAUUGUGAAAGUGACAACUGGCACUGGUCAAACGGGGAAAAUCUUACAUAUUCCAACUGGGACAGAGACUUGUUCUGUGCUUUUGCUCAGUCCGAUGGAUCCUGGAGUGAUUCAGCCUGUGAUAAAAAUAAAUCUUUCAUGUGCUACAACAAGACUGGAAACAUCAAUGAAACAUAUUUCUGGAUAAAAGAGAGUGUGUCUUGGAGCAGAGCUCAGAACUACUGUCGAGUGAAUUACACUGACCUGGUCAGUAUAAGAAAUGAGAGUGAAAAUGAGGCAAUGAUGAAGAAAGCACAGGGGGACAACUUCUGGAUUGGUCUCUUCAACAACCCUUGGAAGUGGUCUGAUGGAGGGAAUUCAACAUUUCGAAACUGGACUAGUGGUAAUCCAGACAAUAACAAUCAUACUGAAAAGUGUGUGGUAAAUAACUAUGAAGGAAAAGGAUGGAAUGAUGCUAACUGUACUUUGAAGAAGACCUUUUUCUGUACCAACAAAACUAAUGUUUCCACCUCAUAUUACUUUGUGUCAAAGCCAAUGUCCUGGGAUGAUGCUCAGAAGUAUUGCAGAGCCAACAACACUGACCUGGUGACAGUUGAGAAUGAAACAGUAAAUUCGGAGCUGUUAAAAAUAUCAGAAAAUAGAAGUUGGAUUGGUCUCCGGCAUGAAACUAACCACUGGUACUGGUCCAAUGGAGAUCCUGUUGCCUACACAAACUGGACACAUAAGUUUUCUUGUGCUGUGUUCCAGACAGACGGCUCUUGGAAUGACUCAGACUGCAAUCAACAGAAACCUUUCAUGUGCUAUAAAGAAUCUAUCAACAUUAGUCGCACAUACUUCUGGAUAAAUGAGAAUAUGACCUGGAGCAAAGCUCAGAAUUACUGUCGAGUGAACUACACAGACCUGGUCAGUAUAAGAAAUGAGACUGAAAAUGAGGAGGUAAGGAAGUGCUCUGAUGGUAGAACAUGUAUGAAGAUGAAUACAGAUGGGCAAUGGAGCAACAAGGACUGCAAAUCCAAUUAUUCCUUCUUUUGCUCCCAGAAUGUCAUGAAUGUGACCUUUGUUAAUAAAAAUGUAACUUGGGAAGAAGCCGUGGACUACUGCAUAAAGAUGGGCUCUAGUCUCAUCAGCAUCACAUCACAGACGGAGCAGGAAGCAUUAGCCGCACUGCUGCAGACCACAAAUUCAUCAACCGUAUGGCUGGGGCUGAGACAGAGCCGCCUGUUUGGAUUCUGGUUUUGGGUGGAUGAGAGACCCUUGAGUUAUGAGAACUGGGCCAAUGGUAACCACUUAAACCUCUCUAACUCACAUCAUUGUGCCACCAUUUCAAAAACGAAUCUCACUUGGAUUGAUGUUUCUUGUUCAGACAGUCAUUCUUUCAUUUGUAAAUGACAUUUGAACAUAAAUUAAAAUCUGCUAGUUGUAUUUACUUUUAUAUAAUUAGCUUUUAGUCAUUGCUGUACUUCUUAAAGUGGUGCCUGACUGUUCCUGAUUCGGGUUUCAUGUUGUUGUUCUGUUCAGAGUGUGGGCAUGUCGAAGUGUGUGCCCAACAUUAACUUCUAUCUUACACUGUUCAGCUAGGAUCAGACUAGAAACCAGGAUUGGAAAAUGAAUGAAGGGAUAUUUUUAUUUGCAAAUGUUCUAGUAAGUUUUUAAUCUAAAUUUAAAAAUGAAUUUUAAAAUGUGGAAUUAUUUUGUUUUUGUUACCAUAUUUUGAGGCUUUCAAAAAUAUCAAGCUAAAAUGUGUAGCCAUGCUCUGUGUUUUAUCAAUAUUGUAUACAGUACGCUUCAUGUAUUCUUAAUCUAAAUGUUAAUUUUUGUCUUUAA